AUGCACAGCAACAACCACAACAACUACAGUCCACCCACCUCGCCAUUCGGCCUCUCCUUGCACACCUCCUUCCCCGCUCCCCGCGCGGCCAGCGACUGUUCCACUAUCAGUCCCUUCAGCUCAACAACCACCAGUCCCACCUCCUCUCCCACCUCUCCCUUCCGCCGCCUCCACCGCAGCCAUGCCCAAAAUGUCCCCGGCAGCUGCUAUCCAGAUGAUUCCCGCAGUCGCAGCCAGAGUCCAUUUCGCCUAGGCGCCGCCUCCUUCUCUCUCCGUCGAUCUUCUCUCCUCGCCCUUCGUCGCAGGCCCUCCAAGGCUGAAGUCGCCCUGAGCGCGGAACGUUCCCGAUGCGACGGCGAUGCCGUCGAGCGCCAGGGCCUGGACCUCAUGGAGCCCCGGCCUGUGGAUCCCGUUAGCAUUCCUAUGGAUUUGAACGCGAAUGUUUUCCCGGGGGAUCGAUCGUCCAUGCAGAGUCAGCAGUCUCGAGCGUCGCAGCCGCGAGUCAUCAUGGGUGGGAUAUUUGAGGUGAUGGAAGGGAGGGCAUGA